AGCGGCGGGUUAGCUCGGUGCGGCGGAGCCGGGCCAUACACGGCGCUGUGCGUCACUAGUGGCUGAUGUGGGUGACUAGUGAGAAAGCGCUGAGGGGGAGUAGGAUGGACUAGGAGGCUGUCUGAGAUACUGUAUGGCUGACGUGAUUCCAUCAAGAGUGAAGAUGCAUACAUUAGUGGUUUUCCUGUCUGUGUGUCUGACCCUCAGUACGUCACACCUGCAUAGAUCCUCCAACCUCCCAGCAGAUGACCACUACGAGAACGGGGAACACAAUAGUGACUAUGACAAGAAGAUGUUCCUGGGAGGAGAGGAAGAAGUAGAAGAGUUUGCGGAGCUAAGUCCAGAAGAACAGCAGAAAAGGCUGAAAUCUAUCAUUAAAAAAAUUGAUCUAGAUGCAGAUGGAUAUCUCACUGAAGAGGAGCUCAGUCUGUGGAUCCAGAGUUCCUUCAAGCAUUACGUCUUAGAAGACACCAAGGAGCAGUUUGCAGAAGUUGACAUAGAUGAUGAUGGAAUAGUUACCUGGGAGGAAUACAAUAUGCAUAUGUAUGAUCGGAUAAUUGACUAUUCUGAAGAUACUGUUCUGGAAGAUGUCGAGGAAGAAUCAUUCCGUCUGAUCCACUUGAAGGACAAGAAACGUUUUGACCAUGCCGACCGAGAUAACAUUUCUGGACUGAAUUUGAGCGAGUUUACAGACUUUGAGCAUCCUGAAGAAACCGAUCAUAUGUUGGAGUUUGUUAUCGAAGGAGCAUUGGAAGAACAUGACAAGGAUGGGGAUAAUUUUGUCAGUUUAGAGGAAUAUCUUGGUGAAUACACAAAAGAUGCAGAUGUUGCUGAAGAUCCGCAGUGGGUAAUUGUUGAGAGAGACCGAUUUGUGAAUGAUUAUGACAAGGAUGGUGAUGGAAAGCUCAACCCUACAGAAUUGCUGUCUUGGAUUGUUCCAAACAACAUUGGAGUCUCUCAGGAAGAGGCGAACCACUUAGUAGAGUCGAUUGACCAGGAUGGAGACGGGAAGCUGAGCGAAUAUGAAAUACUACAAAACAGAGACAUAUUCCUCACCAGCGAAGCCACAGACUAUGGGCGCCAGCUGCAGGACGAGCACUUCUACCACGAUGAACUUUAGUCCUUGCACAGAGGAAAUAUUAUUUUAUUAUUAUUUAUAGCACCUUCUGAGGAACUAAAGAGUCUACUUUUGUUUUGUUUAAUUCUAUUUAAAGCAGUUGUUUAGUUCUUUACAAGCAGCGAAGCUUAAUACGUUUUAAAACUUGUUCUUUAUAGAUUUUGAUUCCUAAAUGUCCUUAACUUAUGGACCAAGUUAUAGAGAGACAAGUAUUUAAUUUGUGAGCAGACAAAAUUGCCAAGUCAAUGUGUAAAGCGUUUUCAGCUGGUCGUAUUGUUCCCAUGUUCAUUUUGUCAUGGUCCUUCCUAAAUAUUCGUUCUAAGUUUAUUUUGUAUGGAAUCUGUGUAUUAGUUUCCUGUUCCGGAUAAUAUAUAGAGACCAAAUAGUAACUUAACAGCCAGGGUAAUGUCACUGCUAGUUUUAAUGAGGCUUGAGAAAGAGGAGAUAUAACAUUUUAUGCCACACAAUACACUAAAGCAUUCCUUUUUGCGGAAUAUUUCUCUCAUUCAUUUUUUUUUUUUUUAUUUGUUAAUGAAAUUUCUUCACAUGCACAUUAAACGGAACGGAAUUGAAACGCUAAAUGUACAGGAGACUGCAAGAAAACUAGUGUGUACUGCACCAAAAGAUAAUGUGUGAUGUUGGCACGUUGCAUUUAUAAACAGAAGCAUGAACAGCUGAUAAGUAGGUACUUUUGUAUCCGAGCCUAAAGUCAUACGAUUACAAAAUAAAGGAAAGCGAUUGAUGUGA